AUGCUGAGGGGAUGUUCUUCUGCAACUGGCACUGGAGAACUUGUACGCAUUAAAGGGCUGAUGGACCAGUACAAAAUGUACACAGAUGUUGGAGUGAUAUUUUUAUCCACAGGUUACGGGCACUCAACACCAGCCACAUGGGGAGGGAAAACAUUCUGCAUGUUCUACGCCCUAGCAGGAAUCCCGUUAGGCUUAGUUAUGUUUCAGAGUAUUGGUGAGCGGCUCAACACCUUCGUGGCCUACCUCCUGGAGAAUGCAAAACGGUGCCUAAAGAUGAAGAACACGGAGGUCACAGAAACCAACCUCAUCUGUCUUGUGUCCAUCCUCUCUACAUUAGUGAUGACCACAGGGGCAGCAGCCUUUUCUCGCUACGAACACUGGAAUUACUUUGAUGCCUUCUACUACUGUUUCAUCACGUUAACGACGAUAGGCUUUGGGGAUUACGUAGCUCUACAAAAAGAAAGCGCACUCCAGAGUAAACCCGAGUACGUGGCCUUUAGUUUAGUGUUUAUUCUUUUCGGCCUAUCGGUUGUGUCGGCUGCAAUGAACCUCCUCGUACUGCGAUUCCUCACCAUGAACACUGAGGACGAGCGUAGAGACGAGGCCGAGGCUCAGACUGCAGCCCAGGAAGCCGUGCGCUUAGAAGGCGAUGUUAUAACCGCAAAUGGCAGUAUUAUUUCCGGCCGUGGACCAGGGACAUCCGAUUCUGAUGACAUUACUUCUGUUUGUUCGUGUACUUGCUACUCACACAGACGGACACCGAGACGUAGACAGUCUUUACGAUCUCCUAGCAACAGUAAACACGUUCCUUUGUUCCCGUUGCAAAUGCUCGGUGAUUCGGAGGCGGA